AUGACAGUGAAGAAGAAUCAGACUCUGCAGAAUGGAAUUGCCAAGGAGAACGUGCUGCAGAGGGUCCUGCAGCUGCCCGUGGUGAGCUCGACCUGCGAGAGCCUGCAGAGGACCUACAGCAGCACCAAGGAGGCUCACCCGCUGGUGGCCUCGGUGUGCGAUGUCUACGAGAGGGGUGUGCAGGGCGCCGGCGCCUUGGCCAUGUGGAGCAUGGAGCCCGUGGUGCGCCGGCUGGAGCCUCAGUUUGCUGUGGCUAACGACCUGGCUUGCCGAGGCUUGGACCGCCUGGAGGAGAAAAUCCCUGCCCUCCAGUACCCUGUUGACAAGCUUGCAUCUGAACUGAAGGGCACCAUCUCCCUCCCCAUCCUAAGUGCCAGAAGCACCAUUGGCAACUCCGUGGAUAAAAUCAUAGAGCUGGCAGCAGAGGGCUAUGAGGCCACCAAGAACACAGUGGAAACGACAGCAAAGUACACAAGAAGGAACUCAGUGACCCAGAUGGCAGCUGCAGGGGUGGACACAGCUCUGGGAGGGUUGGAGAAGCUGAUGGAGUACCUGCUGCCAGAGGAGGAUGAGGAAACAGAUCAGAAGCCCAAACCAGCACAUGGGGCAGCAGCAAAGUCCUCUCAUCAGCAGCCCUGUGCUCCCAGUGCUCCCAGCGCUCCCAGUGCUCACAGUGCUCCCAGCACUCCCAGUGCUCCCAGUGCUCCCAGCACCCUGGGACGGAUUGGUGCCUUGGUCAGCACUGUCUCCCAUCGUGCUUACCAGCAAACCACCCAGAGCCUCCAACGUGCCAAAACCAAAGGGCAGGAGCUGGUCACCUGGAUCCCCAUCCUGGGCAGCUUGGCCAAGCCAAGUGUACCUGAGGCACCACAGUUCCACAGUGACGGGCAGAGCACCACAUCUGGCUGGCUGAGCCGACGGCAGAGCAAGGUGCCGGAGCAGAAGCAGGAGAAGGCAGGGAAAAAAGACAGCAACCCCACCAAGGAGGCAGAAGAGGAACCCGGGCUGGUGGGCACCGUGGCUCACAACCUGCAAACUGCCUGUGCCUCUGGCAUCUCCAGCGUGAAGAAGGUCCCAGCCGUAGCCUGGGAUGCAGCAGAGGGCUUGAUCCUCUUCACCCCCCGCCGGCUGUCCAAGGCCAUGGAGACAGUGGAUGCUCUUGGAGGGACUCUUGUCAGUGCCCCCAAGCAUCUGCUGGGCACCCUGUACAGCUAUGUGCCGCUCCGCAGGCAGUCGGUGAAGGACGAGAAUGCGGCCGGGGGCAGCAAGCCCGCCCCGGAGAAGGACCAGAAGGAGGAGGACACCAAGUCUGCCGACCCCUCCACCGAGGAGAAAGCCCAUCUGAAGGGUGACUGGCGGCUGUACCGCGGCCACCACCCCCUCUCCUUCCUAGGGCUGGAGGACCCGCUGUUCCUGCGCCACAAUUUCUACCGUAGCCCGGCCUUCGAGUCCGAGUACGCCAUGCCGCGGAAAGCUGCAUUCACCCCCUACAGCCGGCGGGUCAGCGAGGGCUCCUACCGCUUCGGCCCCGACGCCUUCUACACCCGCGGCAGCCUCUACAACUCCGCCUUCAAGAAGGACUGA